AUGUCUACCAACACACAAGGCAAAAAUAAAAUAGAACGGCGUAUCAGAAGUGCUACAGAUACUGAUAUUAUUCUCAACACUCCACUCUCAUCCAGUAUAGAUGUAGAUAAUGAUGUUAGCUCGCACAAAGAGCGACUCUUCAAACUAUUCGAUUUGAUUGAAAAAGAAUUUGAUGACCUUUACGCCGAAAACACUGCACUUCGUUUACGAUUAAAUAAUGUAUCCGGCCAUGAAGUUGAUUCUAGUGUUUUACAAACAGAAACAAUUCCACCAACUCAAGAAGGCUUAAAAGGUAGCGGAAGAAAAGCCAUGCAAGUUGGACAACGACUACGCACUGCUUUGAGGGGACCUCCUACAAGGCUAGUCUUCAAAGUUGGUACUGAUGAUUCAAGAUUUAAACUUUCCCGCAGAAUAGAUGCUCACAAAGACGGUGUUUGGCAUGUAGCUUGCGAUUCAACACGUGGUAUUUGUGGAACGGCGAGUGCAGAUCAAACAUCUUCGAUUUGGUCACUAGAAAAUGGUAAAUGUUUGGGGACAUACGUCGGUCAUUCCGGAUCAGUCAACUGUGUAGCUUUCAGCCCGAACACUGACAACUCUAAUAACGAGACAACAGUAGUUACGGCUAGUGGGGACGAAUCAGCUCAUAUUUGGAAAGCUUCACUGAAUCACUUCAACGCUAGUUCAGACGAUGAAGGGGAUGAAAGAGAAAAUGAUAUUGACUUCGAUCAAAAAGCGGAAGGAAGCAAAAUUAAAACUCCGCUAAUACGAUUAACGGGACAUACUGGAGCUGUAGUUGGAUGUGAAUGGCUAUUGGGAGGUAAUCAAGUAAUCACUGCGAGUUGGGAUAGAUUUGCACAUAUAUAUGAUGUUGAAAAAGGGGAAAUACUAAACAUACUGAGUGGACAUGAACAAGAACUCACAAGCUGCUCCUCCCACCAUUGUCAAAGAUUAGUCGCUACAUCUUCCAAAGACUCCACAUUUCGCUUGUGGGAUUUCCGAGAAUCCAUUCAGUCUGUUGCUGUUUUUCAGGGCCAUCAAGAUUCCGUUACAAGUGUUGCUUUUUCAUUAGGAGAUCGAAUCGUAUCGGCUAGUGACGAUCGAACUGUAAAAGUAUGGGAUUUGCGUAAUAUGCGUAGUUCUAUUGCUACAGUCCGACUUCCCUCUCCUUCUAAUAAAAUUUCCAUAAGUCAGGCUCAUGGAUUGAUAGCGAUACCUUUGGACAAUCGCCACGUAAGAAUACAUGAUUUAUCUGGGAACAGAGUACAGAGAAUUCCAAAUCGACGAUGUCACAACAGAUUGAUCUCAUCAGUUGCGUGGAUCGAAGACAAUCCGAUGCAUAAUCUUGUUACUGCUGGGUUUGAUCGAACGAUUGCAUACUGGAAAGUAGUCGUGGGGAAAGAAUAA